GCUGUCUUCGCUGCGACGCCCGCUGUGACGUAUGGCGUGCCUAGUGCAUCGCCGGGCUGGGUGUCGGGCCCUAUCGAGGAGGCUGAAGCUGAAGCUCCCCUUCCAGCAGCCGAAGCCGUUCAGGAGGGGGCUUGGGAGGGGGUCUGGGAGUGCGAAGUUCCUACUGCCCCGGAUUCGGAACCUCAGGAGACGAUUGGAGAUGCUUCAGCUGAAGCUGAUGCAGUACUCCUGGCUUGCAUGCUCUCUCUUGAUACCGGUGCAUUCAUUGACACCAAGUUUUACACCUUCAGUCGCAGGACCAAAGAUGGUAACAUCUAUGCUCCAAGGCCAAUUUUUGCCAGCAGCUGGGUGCUUGAACAAACAGUGCCCCAGUAUAUGAAAAACCUCCUAUCCGGGGAUUACGGAGGUAACCUAACAGAGGGGCCGCUCGGCGCAUCGUUUCCGGGAGAGCAAGACAUCCUGAACGCAGUCGACAGCACUGGAUACGAUUCCGAUAGUGAUAUAGAAGAUGAUGACGAUACGGCCGAAUCCGAUUGUGGUUCCAAGCUGAUAAAGAGGGAAGUCCAGGACGAGCCUGCCGGACAACAGGGCACCGGGAAAAUCAUCGUCCUUCGCAAUUUCGCUUAUCCUACCUGGAAGUCCCUGAUUUACUACCUGUAUUCGGGCAAGAUCACGUUUGCUCGCCUGAGGUCCUUGAAUUCUCAGAACGCCGGUUCCGAGGAUGCGGGUGCUCAGGCGAGCACUGGCCCGAGGGCGCCUACGUGCUCUCCAAAGUCUAUGUACAAGCUCGCAGAUGAGCUUGACAUCAAGGGUCUCAAGGAGCUUGCAAAGAAAAACAUCGAGUCCCAGCUCUCUGCUGAGAACAUCCUGACAGAACUGAUGUCAUCCUUUACUUCUCGCUACGACGAAAUUUG